AUGAUCCAAUCUGAUGCGCUAUCUCAUCGUAAUGGACUCGAUGACAGUGAAAGUGACAACGAAGAUCGCAUUCUUUUACCCAAUGCACUAUUCGUGCGAUCCAUUUCCCCGACACUAUUCGACGAAAUCAGGAAUCACGCAGCAAAAGACCUCAUUGUUCACGAAGCCCUCGAAGCGAUUGCGCACAAAGGGCCAUUCCCCAUGAAAUCAUCGCUUUCUGACUGGGAAGUUCGCGAUGGUGUCAUCCUCUACAAGGGAAAGAUUUAUGUUCCACCAUCCGAAACUCUUCGUCAUGACCUCGUUCGACUACAUCACGACUCCCCUGCCAUGGGUCACCCUGGAAAGUUUAAUACUCUUGAACUGUUACGUCGUGAAUUCUGGUGGCCCGGCAUGUAUACAUUUGUCUACAAUUAUGUUGAAGGCUGUGCUGCCUGUCAACAAAUGAAACCGAAUACUCAUCCAACUCGUAUUCCUUUGGAACCAAUUCCCGCCGACCCACACGCAUUACCAUUUUCCUGUUGCACCACCGAUUUUAUUACCGACCUCCCCGUUUCCAACGGUUUUGAUUCAAUUAUGGUCAUAGUAGACCAUGACCUUACGAAGGGGGUGAUUCUUACGCCCUGCCUCAAAACAAUCACAGCCGAAGGAACAGCCAAGAUUUUUCAUGACAAAGUAUACUCGCAAUUUGGAUUACCCGACCGAAUCAUCUCGGAUAGAGGACCUCAAUACACAUCCAAGAUCUUCCAAGAGUUAAAUCGACUACUCCAGAUCAGAUCAUCAAUGAGCACAGCUUAUCACCCUCAGACGGAUGGAGAAACAGAGCGAGUCAACCAGGAGCUGGAAAUCUAUCUUCGACUCUAUUGCGGAAACAACCCUGAAACAUGGGCCGACCGCCUGCCAGACCUCGAGUUUUGUCAUAACACAAGGGAACACUCGGCACGGAAGAUGAGCCCAUUCCGCAUCAUGAUGGGAUACGAACCACGUGGACUCCCUUCCGUAUUUCCGACCACGAACAUUCCAUCGGUUGAAUCCAGGCUUGACAUGUUGCAGAAGAUAAGACUAGAAGCACUAGCCAUGCACGAGUUAGCCCGACAACAGAUGGCGGACCGAGUCAGACAAGGAUCGCCAAAGUUUACACUAGGACAGAAGGUCUGGCUAGACUCGAGGAACCUGAAGGUCAAUUACGCCUCGCGCAAGAUAGCACCAAAGCGUGAGGGGCCAUUUGAAAUUGUCAAAGUCAUCGGACCAGCCAACUAUCGUCUCAAACUUCCAAAGACCUGGCGAGUUCAUUCCGUAUUCCACGCCGCCCUUCUAUCUCCUUAUCGCGAAAACAACAUACAUGGUCCGAAUUACGUGAACCCACCACCUGAUGUUGUUGAUAAUGAAGAAGAGUACGAAGUCGAAGCCAUCCUGAAUCACAAGACGUACCAAGGUCAUCUGAGGUACUUAGUCAAGUGGAAAGGAUAUUCUUCAGCAGAAAACUCGUGGGAACCUACCCACAAUUUACAGAAUGCCAAGUGA